ACCGCGUUGCUGUGUACACACGUAGUGGAGCCUAGAGCACACCCGUAUUGUCAGGUAUCAGAAUGUGGACAGGAAUGAGGUUUGCGCUUGUGGCUUUGUUGGCGGUGUUUCAAAUUGCGAGGCUACAGAAAGUGUCAACUCUAAAUGGCCUUCUUCUGGGACAACGUUUGUCAGUGCUAGGCAAAUCUCUUGACGUAUUCUAUGGAAUCCCAUACUCUAAGCCCCCUCUGGGCGACCUCCGCUUCAAGUACCCUCAGCCUUCAGAGUCUUGGGGACCGGAAGCUAGGGAUGCACAGAAACCGACGCCAUCUUGCAUUCAACCUAAACAUGCGUUUGUGCCUAUUGAGACUUACAGACAGACCCCUGGUGAUUACAGUGAAGACUGUCUUCAUCUUACAGUGUGGGCGCCAACAGACAAUAGUGGCCAUCUAGCAGUGAUGGUUUGGAUCUAUGGUGGGGGUUGGUAUUUUGGAUCCACACGACCGUAUGAAGGUAAAUACCUUGCAGCAGAGAAUGACGUCAUCGUUGUAUCAAUGAAUUACAGAUUAGGGCCUUUAGGGUUCAGCUACCUGGGGCCAGAUACCAUUCCUGGCAACAUGGGCUUGAUGGAUCAAAGACUGGCUUUACAGUGGGUGAAAGAUAACAUUGCCAACUUUGGCGGGGAUCCAUCCCAAGUGACCAUAUUUGGAGAAAGUGCUGGUAGUGGCAGCGUAGGUCACCACUUAGUGUCACCUCUGUCACGCGAUGUGUUUGACAGAGCCAUCAUGCAGAGCGGGACUCACAUUUCUCCAUGGGCUUACGCUGUGCCCAAAACAGCAAAACGAAAGAUGAAGUGGUUUGCUGAUCUCCUCGAAUGUCCAUCAUCUUCAACUGAUGCAGACAUCUAUGACUGCUUGAAGACAGCAGAUGCCCAAACUAUGGCUGACGUUCAGCUCGGUAUGUUAGACGAAGGACUUGGAUUCAUACCAGUUGUGGAUGGCUACUUUCUCCCCGAUGACCCCACAACUCUUCUGUCCAGCGGUUCCAUCAAACAGACCAGUGUAUUGCAUGGUUUUACUAAAGAUGAAACAACACUGUUUUCGGCAAUAAUGUUGAUGCAGAUGAGAAACGUAUCGACAUUACCGGAAACAUUGAUUUUAAGUCGCCCAGAGUAUGAUCGUUUUCUUUCAGUUGUCUUAAAAAGAUUUGCAAGUGGUAAAGGAAUUCCAGAACCCCUUCGUCUGUUUUAUGAAAGUCAGAAAGCCCCCUUAAAGGAGGCACACUAUUUUGAUGUCGUAAAUCACUUGCUUUCGGAUACGGAAAUGAAAUGUCCUCAUCUUGAGUUUGACAGAUUGUACUCUCCCGCUAACCCUACGUAUGUGUACAGUUUUAACCACCGGCUAUCAAUUAUUCCCUAUCCACAGUGGAUAGGAGCAACUCACUCCUACGAGGUUGAGUAUGUGUUUGGUUUGGUAAUCGAUGAGACUCUAGGAUGUACACAGGAGGAGGUGGAACUCAGCAGGACCAUCAUGACCUACUGGACCAACUUUGCCAAGUCAGGUGACCCUAACGCUCCUGUCCCAGUGAAGGUGGACUGGCCGGCCUCUGACAACACUGACCUCACCUACAUGGCCCUUGACGUGGGCAACAACUUAGCAGCAGGACAUGGGACCCACCGGAAGGGCAGGAGUACUGCACGAGAGGAUGAAAGGACAGCCGAAUAA